AUGGCCAUAAACAAUGGAAGCGAGCACGUGGUGGAGGCCUCUGCAAUCCACAUCGAGGAUGUCGGGGAACAACCUCAUCCCGAGCAACCUCCCACCACGCCAUGGAGUCAGAUCGGCGAACUGCCAAGCGGCCCCCUACCACCCAUUGCCAUUGUGGGCAUGGGAAUGAGGUUCCCUGGUAACAUCCGAACUGCAGAGGAAUUUUGGUCGCUGCUAGUGGAGAAAAGAAGCGCCCUAGGCGAAGUCCCUCCAGGCAGGUACCAUGGAGACUCGUUCUAUCACCCAACCAGACCUCAUGAAAUCAAAACCAAACAUGGGUACUUCUUGCAGGAAGAAUAUCUUGGCAAGGUUGACAAGGACUUCGUUGGAAAACCUUCAGAAGCUGGAAGCUUGGAUCCUCAACAACGACUUCUCCUCGAGGUUGUGUGGGAGUGUAUGGAGAAUGCCGGCCAGAUAGACUGGAGAGGCCGCGACAUCGGCUGUUUUGUAGGUAGUUUUGGAGAGGACUGGCUCGAAAUUACCAGCAAAGAUACUCAGUACAUCGACCGGUUCAGAGCCAUGGGGACGGGCGACUUUGCGUUUGCCAACCGAAUAUCAUUCGAAUUUGACCUCAAAGGCCCGAGUAUCACAUAUAAAACGGCAUGCUCAUCUUCUCUGGUCGCAUUACACCAAGCUUGUCAGGCAAUAUACUCUGGUGACUGCUCGGCGGCUAUUGUCGGUGGCAGCAGUAUUAUAUUCUCUCCUACAAUGUCUGUAACAAUGUCCGAUAAUCUGGUCCUGGCUCCCGAUGGCAGAUGCAAAACCUUCGAUGCCUCAGCAGACGGAUACGGGCGCGGAGAAGGCAUCAAUGCCAUAUUCAUUAAGCCGUUGGAAGCUGCCAUACAGGACGGUGAUCCCAUCAGGGCAAUUGUUCGCUCGACAGCAACCAACAGUGAUGGAAAGACUCCGAACAUUUCAACACCGGACCGGGAAAGCCAAGAGACUCUUAUCCGCAAAGCAUACAGCAGGGCGGGGAUCAGCGACCCUUGUCAGACAGCAUUGUUCGAGUGCCAUGGAACGGGAACAACUAUAGGUGACGUGACAGAAACUCAGGCUGUGACUAGCAUUUUCGGAGAGAAAGGGAUAUUUAUCGGUGCGGUAAAACCGAACGUUGGCCACAUGGAAGGCGCAUCUGGCUUGACCAGUGUGAUCAAAGCCGUCCUUUCCUUAGAACAUAGACAGAUUCCCCCAAAUAUAUAUUUUGAGACCCCUCACCCACAGAUUCCAUUUCAGGAGGGCAAAUUAGAGGUACCAAUAGACACAUUACCAUGGCCGGAGGACAAAGAGGCGAGAGUGAGUGUGAACAGCUUUGGGAUCGGAGGAGCAAAUGCGCAUGUUAUACUAGACGCGUUUCAACCGCGCGACACAAUCUUGGCACCAAGAAAACAACCAAAUCAGAUACUAGCUUUAUCUGCAUGGGGAGCAAAUGCCCUGAAUAAGAAAAUUGAACAACUCCGAUCAUACAUCGACCAAAACCCUCAUAAGUUGGGAGAUAUUGCCUUCACGUUUGGUUCUAGGAGGGAUCAUCUAUCUCAUCGUGCUUUUGUGGUUACAGACGGCGGUUCAAUAAAUGCCGAUGCGUUUCAAAGGAGACAUUUACCCGAGCUGCAUGCAUCGGAGAUGAUAUUCGCCUUCACCGGCCAAGGUGCACAGUGGUCUGGAAUGGCUAGGGGCCUCAUUGAAGCAUAUUCCCAAUUCUCCAGCGAUUUACAGAUAAUGGAUAAUACCCUUAAAGGCGUUCCAAACCCGCCAAAGUGGCUCUUACAUGAUACUUUGAUGAACGGCGACCAAACCACAAUGGACCGCGCGGAGUGUUCCCAACCGCUAUGCACCGCCAUUCAGUUGGCUAUGGUCAAUCUUCUCGCGUCAUGUGAUAUACACCCAUCUAAAGUGAUUGGUCAUUCUAGUGGGGAGAUUGCUGCUGCAUAUGCAUCGGGAGCUAUCUCUAUGGAGACAGCUAUAAUUCUAGCAUACUACCGUGGUCAAGUAUCUUCUCAGUCCGAGGGGAAGGGGGCUAUGAUGGCAGUCGGUAUGAACCCAAAACACGUCAGUUCUUACAUUACAGGUGGUGUCGUUGUCGCCUGCUAUAAUAGCCCUGAAAGUGUAACUUUAUCGGGAGACAAGGCAUCGCUGGAAGACGUGGCAUCAAGAAUACGCAGCGACACACCGGACAUACUAAUGAAAAUGCUCCCUGUCCAAGUUGCCUAUCACUCUAGCCACAUGAUGUUCGCAGCAGCCCACUAUGAGGAACUAAUCCGUCCCUACGUGUCCUGUAGGCCGAAGUUGGCAGCUCAAAUGUUUUCGACCAUGACUGGGCAAGAAAUCCAGAAUACAAGCCAGCUGGAUGCAGCUUACUGGAGGGCGAACCUGGAAUCACCAGUCCAGUUCACUGCUGCCAUGGGUGCAGCGCUGAAGUCGGCGUCUGAACUACUGCAGCCCCUUGUCCUAGAGAUUGGGCCACACUCAGCACUUUCGGGGCCUAUCCGUCAGAUCUCCAAGGAUGUGGAAACAACGAACACCUACUGUCCGACCUUAGUGCGAGGGGAGGGCUCCACUUCCACCUUUCUGGAAGCAGUGGGUCAGGCGUAUCUUCACGGCUCACGGGUUCGUUUUGCGGCCGUCAACGGCUCUGGAACCUGUCUGAACGACCUUUCACCUUAUCCCUGGCAAUACGACGACUUAGGCUGGUCCGAAAGUCGACCUCCUCGACAGUGGCGUUUGCGCAAAUUCCCACAUCAUGAAUUGCUUGGUUCACGCACCUUAGAAUCGGGUGACUUAGAGCCUUGUUGGAGAAACAUUCUCCGCCUGGAUGAGGUUCCAUGGAUUUGGGACCACAAUGUUGGCGGCCAAAUAGUGUUUCCUUGUGCUGGCUACAUAGCCAUGGUGGCCGAGGCCGCCAGACAACUCACCGGUUCGGAUACGAUCUUAUUGCGAAACAUACUGAUCAGGAAUGCCUUGCUUUUGGAGCCGAGUCUUGAAUACGAGCUUCUAACAAGCAUGCGACCAGUCACAGUAAAUGACCUAGUGGAAUCCUCAUGGUACGACUUCACGGUUAGUUCGUAUAAUGGUAACUCGUGGAAAAAGCACUGCUCUGGCCAAGUUAAGUCUGGUACACUGAGCGAUCCACCGCCGCCGACAAGGGCCGCUGUAUUCCCAAGACCUCUCUCGUCGCCUUAUUUAUAUCGACAGCUGAAGAAGGCGGGACUGAAAUACGGGACUUCCUUCCAAGGUCUGCAUGACAUUACAGCUAGCCCUUCAUCUUAUGAAGCCGCGGCGACUGUUGAAGACGAUCCAAGCCUGCAUAGUGGUCGCUAUCUUAUUCAUCCUACCGCCAUCGACCAGUGCUUGCAAUUACACUGUGUUGCGGCAUGUCGCGGUAUUGCACCAGGGGCUGGUGUAGUUGGUGUUCCCUCGUAUAUUGGUGAGGUGUACCUAACGCACAGUAGCGAGACCAUGUCAUUGGUGGUCAGUCCUACAUCGUCUGGGCCUAUGUCUGGUAGUUUAGGAGGGGAUUCCCGCCUGAUACGCAGUGAUAGCAGCAUCGCCCUAUUCAUGAGGGACGCCCGUUUCUUUGCGCUAGAAAGUGAAGGAGCGAUCGUACGUGAAGAGCCUUUUCUCUGCUCUCACAUGGACUACAAACCAGAGAUCCGUCUCAAUCGUACAAAAGGCUCAAUCAGGCGCGCUGGUGUGGAUACAGGACUAGAAACAACAGCUAGGCUUGCUGUUUUGGCAAUUUUAGAUUUUGACGUUCUGGUCCGUAAUCUAACACCAACCGUGCCUCAUAUGACAAAGUAUCAGCAGUGGAUUCAGUCCGAGGCUCUUCGGAUAAGAACGGAAGACUAUCACAGCAUUGAAGAGGCACGGAAAUGGGCACUAAUGAGCCCUGGCGAACGCCUCAGUCUAUGGAAAGGCCUACUUGACAAGGUUCCUGAUCUGAGACUGUCGGGGUUCUUUGCGGAUGCGCGAUACUGUCUUGAAUCAGAGAUCGAGUCCCUGAUGGUCGGGAAACAAUCAGCGGCACAGUUACUGGCUCCGCGUGACUCGUGGAAAGACAUAUAUGCCUACGCAGUGGAUAUUUUCAAUUGGGAUCGACUUUUCCGCCUCGUCGCACAUUCCAGUCCUCAGCUGCGAAUCCUCGAAAUUGGCGUUGGAACGGGAUCCGCCACGGUGGCUGCUCUAAGAGCUCUAGUCGAUGCCAGUGGAGAACGAUCCUUCGCCAGAUAUGUUGUGACAGAUGUCACUCCUGGAUUUCUAAUACCCUUGCAGGAGAAAUAUGGAAAUCAAUUAGAGUACGCGGUCCUUGAUAUAUCGCUGUCGCCUGCAGAGCAGGGUUUUGAAGUUGGAGGAUUCGAUCUGGUUAUCGCAUCCAACGUAAUACACGCUACACCGAGUUUGAAUAAGACUCUUAUAAAUGUGAAGACACUACUGAGGCCUGGUGGCUGGUUUGUUCUCCAUGAGCUGUCUGCUGACGUACCUUAUAUUGACUGGGUUAUGGGCACUCUCCCUGGAUGGUGGUUAGGGGAUUCAGACCAGCGUGUCGAUCGACCUUAUGUCAAGGUAGACCGGUGGAACGACGAACUCAUUAAGGCAGGCUUCCUGGAAAUGGAAGACUUCGUAGAUGACGAAGACUUUCCAUUCCAAAUGUCUGCCACCAUGAUAGCAAGGAACGCGCUGUCCAAGCCGUCGAUGUCUGUAAUCGGCCUUCUCGGAACGCUUCAAACUCAAAAGCACCCAUGGGCAGCGGUCAUUGAAAAGAAGCUUUCAAAUUAUGGGCAUACUGUGGAAUGGUGUAUAUUCGGCGAAGAUGUUGAAAAAAGUGUUGUUAUUUCACUUCUUGAUCUUGAUGGUCCUUUCCUUUACGACUUGUCAGGAGAGUCUUUCUCGAACCUUAGGAGUUAUCUCUCUAUUGCCCGCCGGACACUCUGGGUCACCCAGCUUUCUCAAAAGACGUGCUCUGAUCCUCGCUAUGGACUUAUACAGGGAUUUGGACGUACCAUCCGAGCUGAGACCGGCAUGGAUUUCAGGACCCUUGAGAUUGACGAUUUUAUUGAUACUACUGCGGACCUUCUAGUCCGCGUGUUUAACGAGUUUCUCGAUGAGAAGGCCAAUCCGUCUGGCAGAGAUUAUGAAUACACCAUUGAAGACAGCAUUGUAUAUACAACAAGGUGCAACGGCUUAUCAAAAGAGAGGCAGCUGGAAGUUGAAGGCAACUGUGGACCCCUCCGCCUCCAUCCUGGAGUACGCGGUGUCUUAGAUACGCUCCAGUGGGUGGAAGAAGAACGACAGAUGAGCCUGAAGCAGAAUGAGGUAGAAGUGGAGAUGAGGUUUCUUAGCUUGAACUUCAAGGAUCUCAUGUUCGCCUUGGGCCUACUCAUGACCGAUCUUCCUCUGGGUCUAGAGGGCAGCGGUGUUGUCCGCAGAGUAGGAUCGGAAGUGGUUGACUUGCACGCGGGAGACGCCGUGAUCGUCAUUCAGCAGGGCACAUUCAAGACUCAAUUGAUCACGCAGGAAACAAAUUGCAUGCGUAUUCCAGACGAUAUAUCGCUCGAGCAGGCCUCUGCGAUGCCCUGUGUCUACGCAACGGCGAUCUACUCCCUUUUGACGAUAGGAAAUCUGAACAAAGGACAGACUGUGCUCAUUCAUUCAGCGUGCGGUGGUGUUGGGUUGGCAGCGAUCGACAUAUGCCGCAUGGUUGGUGCUGAGAUCUAUGCCACUGUUAGCAGCGAAGAAAAGAUCCAGUUCCUCAUAAGGAACUUUAAUAUUUCACGAGAUCGAAUAUUCGAUUCUCGAAGUGUCUCAUUUUGCAGUGGUGUCCUGGCUGCUACAAACGGACGUGGUGUAGACCUUGUCCUGAACUCACUGGCAGGCGAACUUCUGCAUGCAUCUUGGGACUGCGUGGCCCCAAUGGGCAAGAUGGUUGAGAUUGGUAAGCGUGACAUGCUGGAGCAUGGAAAGCUGGAGAUGGUGCACUUUGCAAAUAACCGCUCGUUCUUUGGUGUUGACUUGAGUGAGAUGCUCGAUGACUGUCCUGAUCUUGUUCGGGGUGUACUCAAUGAGAUGUUUACAUACUGUCAAGAAGGGCGUCUGCAGGCGCAAUUGUUUCCACGGAUGUUCGAGGCAGACGAUAUCGCAAGUGCAUUCCGACAUAUGCAGACAGGCCGGCACAUUGGUAAGAUAGUUGUGAAAAUGCCAGACGUGCCUCAUAGUCUCAAAUAUAAGCCCAUCGAGAAGAGGUACAUCUUCUCUCCUACAAGGUCGUACUUGCUUGUCGGUGGAUUCGGCGGCAUCGGUCGAGUACUAGCGACAUGGAUGGUCACCAACGGCGCUAGACAUCUGGUUAUAAUGUCACGAUCAGCAGGACAAUCUGAGUCUGACCAAGCCUACGUCAAGGAGCUAGAGAGCCAGAGCUGCACAGUGGCUGUAGUCCACGGCAGUGUCGAAAACGCUGAUAGCGUCGAGCAAGCAGUGUCUGCCAGUGAGCAUAUACUCGCAGGAGUCGUCAAUCUCUCCUUAGUACUACAGGAUGAGCUUUUUGCGAACAUGUCGUACGCGCAAUGGAUCGCACCCCAAGGCCCGAAGAUCCGUGGCACAUGGAACCUACACAACGUCUGUUCCGGAAAACAGCUCGACUUCUUCGUCCUCUUCAGCUCCGUCGUAGGAACAUCCGGCAACCCAGGCCAAUCCAACUACGGCGCCGCGAACACCUUCGUCGACGCUUUCGUAACCUACCGCCGCUCGCUAGGCCUUCCAGCAACCCGCGUCACCCUCGGCGCGGUUGAAGAAGUCGGCAACUUCAGUCGCAACACACGCCUAGUCGAGCUCUUCCAAACACAGUCCCGCUUCUCCCUCUCAGAGCAAGAAGUCAUCGACGCAUUCCGUCUCGCCCUACCACACACCAACACCACCACCGACCCUCCCACCCUCAUCUCCUCCCCACUAGACAUAAUGGUUGGCGUAACCUCCUUCCUCAACCCGGACCAAAUGGAAAUCAACAACAGCAAAGCCUCAUUCGAGCAAGACGUGCGCUUCAACAUCCCAUCCCUAAUGCGAACCAGCAAAGCCGAAGCGCACAAUCAAGAAGCCGACGUUCUCCUCCGCCUCUUCGAAGCCAUCGCCAACAACCCUUCCUUCCUAAACGACCCGAAAUGCGAGAGCACCAUUAUCCGCGAACUCGGGAAACGCGUCGGCAAUUUCUCGGCGCAGGCCGGACUCGACGAGAAGCAGAUCGCUAGUUUCCCUAUCGACUCGCUCAUGGGACUGGAAGUUAAGUAUUGGAUUCGACGUAGUUUGGAUCUGGAGACAUCUGUUCUUGAGAUCUCGCAGGCGAAGACUGUAGCUGGUGUAGCGGCGCUGGUUAUGAAGGGUCUACGGACGAAGUAUGGAAUUAGUGCUGAGGAUGCAGUUGCGGAUAGUGGAACUGGCUAG